GUUGAACUCUUCGCCGGACCGGAAGUGGCCGACUUAGGGGACCUUUUGGGGGGCUUGGCGGCAGCCGAGAUCGGAAGGACUGUGUUGGGUCACGUCCUGGUACCGGAAGCGUUUCUCGGGGAGACUGCAAAGGCUUACGCCGAAUCCCGCUCGCUGAAGAGAGUACACACUAUGCAAGUCACGUGUAAACCGGCUGCGUUACGGCGCAGGUAAAACGAACACAUUUGAGGCUCAGCCAGAUCAUCCCCGACCUCUGUUUGCGGCUAUGGGUCACGAACUGUCACGUCGGUAAACCAGGCACCUCUUUCUGCGAUUGAAGAAGGUGUGCGAGCCCUGAGAGCCCCGCCGCGUCGUAGUGCGUCACGGCCCUGCCCCUCUAAGCCGGCGCUGUGGCUGCGACGUGGGACGUGCGGCGUGGGCGGAGCUGUCCCUGCAUCCACCUCCUGUGGGCAGAGCCAUCUGCGGGUGGGCUGCGGCAGCGGGGCGGGUAUGCUACAGCUGGGGCUUCGAGUCCUGGGCUGCAAAGCCAGUUCUGUGCUCCGUGCAUCGACGUGCUUGGCAGGCAGAGCAGGCCGGAAAGAAGCAGGUUGGGAGUGUGGCGGAGCCCGCAGCUUCAGCAGCUCCGCGGUGACCAUGGCCCCGAUCAAGGUGGGAGAUGCCAUUCCCUCAGUGGAGGUAUUUGAAGGGGAACCGGGAAAGAAGGUGAACUUGGCAGAGCUGUUCAAGGGCAAGAAAGGUGUUUUGUUUGGAGUCCCUGGGGCAUUUACACCUGGCUGUUCUAAGACCCACCUGCCUGGGUUUGUGGAGCAAGCUGGAGCUCUGAAGGCCAAGGGAGCGCAGGUGGUGGCCUGUCUGAGCGUUAAUGACGUCUUUGUGAUUGAAGAGUGGGGUCGAGCCCACCAGGCAGAAGGCAAGGUUCGGCUCCUGGCUGACCCCACUGGAGCCUUUGGGAAGGCGACAGACUUAUUAUUGGAUGAUUCUUUGGUGUCUCUCUUUGGGAAUCGUCGGCUGAAAAGGUUCUCCAUGGUGAUAGACAACGGCAUAGUGAAGGCACUGAACGUGGAGCCAGAUGGCACAGGCCUCACCUGCAGCCUGGCCCCCAACAUCCUCUCUCAACUCUGAGGCCCUGGCCAGAUGUCCUCUGACUCUCCCAUCUCUCCCACCCGGCUCUAGGCCAAAAGGCUCGGUACCUCCUUACUGGGAGCCACGUAAAUGGAACCUUGACCAUAUUUCUGCAAUAAACAGUUUAAUUUGUGUCUUUACCACUGGUA